AGGCUGACUUGGAGAACUGUGAGCGCGGGCAGGAGGCAUCUGGAAAAGGAGACCGCAAGAGGUCCAGUAAAGCUAAAAGCUACGGCAGGUUGAGGCUCUGGUGCCGGGGAAGGAGGAGACAGAUCCGUAGAACUAAGUGGCAUCUAGAUAUUGACCCCAACAUAGACCUUCAGACUGUGGCAUGGGUGCCACUUCCCAUCAGUGAGGAAGGGAACAGUGGGCUGGACACGCGUACUGACCAUCUGGAGAGGACUGGGCUGGGAGCCACCCCUUCCAAAUAUUGUGACAUGGGGACUGAGCACACGGAGGUCAUUCCCAAGGAGGAAGUUUGCGAAGAGCCCGAGCCCCCUGGGGCAGCCCUGGAACAGCCCCCCAGGGUGGCCGACGAGGGCAGGGAGCUCAGAGCGGACGCGCGGGCCCCGCCCCCGGGGGAGUCCACCGACGGGUGUGUGACGCCUGGGUCUUCUCGGGGUGGCGGCGCGUCGGGGACGAUGACCGUCAAGAGGUCCCCGUCCAGCGAGAGGCAGCAGGAGGACCCGGCGCCGCCUCCUCCGCCGGGGGUCCCCGCGCGGGAGAGGCCGCACACGUGCCGGGAGUGCGGGAAGGCCUUCAACCAGAACUCGCACCUGACGCAGCACCUGCGCGUGCACAGCGGCGAGAAGCCCUUCCAGUGCGGCGAGUGCGGCAAGCCGUUCGGGACCAACUCCAGCCUCCGGCGGCACCUGCGCAUCCACGCGGGCGAGAAGCCAUUUGCGUGCGGCGAGUGCGGCAAGGCCUUCAUCCAGAGCUCGCACCUGGUGCACCACCACCGCAUCCACACCGGCGAGCGGCCCUACCGCUGCGGCGAGUGCGGCAAGGCCUUCAGCCAGAACUCGGCGCUGCUGCUGCACCAGCGCAUCCACACGGGCGAGAAGCCGUACGCGUGCAACGAGUGCGGCAAGGCCUUCCGCGUCAGCUCGCAGCUCAUCCAGCACCAGCGCAUCCACACGGAGGAGCGCUACCACGAGUGCGGCGAGUGCGGCAAGGCCUUCAAGCACAGCUCGGGCCUCAUCCGCCACCAGAAGAUCCACACCGGCGAGAAGCCCUACCUGUGCGGCGAGUGCGGCAAGGGCUUCGGCCAGAGCUCCGAGCUCAUCCGCCACCAGCGCAUCCACACGGGCGACAAGCCGUACGAGUGCCGCGAGUGCGGCAAGACCUUCGGCCAAAACUCGGAGAUCGUGCGGCACGUGCGGAUCCACACGGGCGAGAAGCCGUACGCGUGCGGCGAGUGCGGCAAGGCCUUCCGUGGCCACUCGGAGCUGCUGCGCCACGAGCGCAUCCACACGGGCGAGAAGCCGUUCGAGUGCCCCGAGUGCGGCAAGGCCUUCCGGCGGAGCUCGCACCUGGCCGUGCACCGGCGCAUCCACAGCGGCGACAAGCCGCACCAGUGCGCCCAGUGCGCGCGCACCUUCUGGGACGGCUCGGCGCUGCUGCUGCACCGGAGGGUGCACACCGGCGAGAAGCCGUACGCGUGCGACCGCUGCGGGAAGCCGUUCGGCCAGCUAUCGCAGCUGGCGCUGCACCGUCGGACGCACACGGGCGAGAGGCCAUAUGAGUGCCAGCAGUGCUCCCGGACCUUCAGCCGCAGCUCGCACCUGCUGCCGCUGAACUCUGAACUCCGCACCGGGUCACGGCCCCCCAACCCCCGGAGUCCACUCCCCAGCACGGCCACGGGUGACAGGGCCGUGCUGAAUGCUGCGCCAGUGCGCCUGCGCGACCGCCCCUCCCAGAAGCACACCCCCGCCCCCGCCCCCGGCGCGCGAGGCAGGACUGAGCCGCGGUCCCGGCCUGCGCCGCUCCGCGUGCGCCGCUCCGCGUUGGGGUCCGGGCGGCUGCCCUCCAGGAGGAAACUUCCCGGCCAUCGACCGGCCCGCGUCCCGCGGGUCAACACAACAGUCCCUGCGCAGGCGGAGUCUGCGGGCCCGGCUUGCGGGAGUGGGCACCACGGACUGGCUGGUGGAGGAAAUCCAGGGUGGCCAUUUCCAGCCGCCAUCAGCAUCCCUUGUGCAGGCGCAGGCGCCGGCGCACUGAGCGUCCAGAUAGAAGGCAGGAGAACUUGCGCACACCGGCGGGAAGAAGGCUUCCACUGGAUCGGAAGAGUAUCUCCAAAGCAAAACUACAAACUGUCUAGAAGGCGGUGUACGGGACACUCCCGGGUCUCCACUGAGGAGACGUGGCCACCCGCCGCCCCGCCGCCCCGCGCCCGCUCGGCCUGCCGGAGUCGUCGCAGGAAAGGGCUCGUGCACCUGCUGAUCCUCCCGCGUCCUAGAUCCGCUGGCGGCCAGGCUGUGACCCGCGGGUUCAGGCUCCGAGCUGUCAGCACAGAUCCUGAUCACUUGGAGGAGAGUCCUCUCGGGGUCACGGGGUCCCAGAGUCCCGCCACAAGGCCACAGUGA